AUGAGCUGUGGUGCAAUCGUAAACUUCGCAGUUACUGCCAAUAAGCUCAAAGAGGCAAAGCAAGAGAAAUUGCGCAAAUCAUCCUUUCACAGUCCUAUCGAGAAGAUAUCAGCACCACUCAAGGCGAUAGCAUCUGAGUUAUCAACAGACCAUAAAAAGAAAAAGGAAGACUCGGUUCUGGAUACUGUGGCUGAAAAGUUGGAUAUUCCCACCGAAGCCAUACCCACUCCCGUCAGGAAGCUAUCGGCACCUUUGAAAACAUUUGCAUCCGGCUUGUCACCAUCAGAUCCCAAUAACAAUGGCGAAGAAAAUGGUCUUUUGAAUGCAGUUGCUCAAAAGUUGGAAGAAGCAAAGGACACAGUUGCUGAAAAAGCGAAAGAAGCGAAGGACUUUGUGGCAAGGGAAGCGAAGGUUGUAAAUGAGAAAUUGGAACGAAUCGCAGGAGAUUGA